CGCGCCCAGUGUAUGGUAGUCUGCCGUCAAAAAACACACGCUGCGCCUGCCUUCCGUGCGUUUGGAAUAGAUAGUGCAUCUUGUAUUGUUUUGAUAGAUUCGUCCAGACGCUUUAACUUCUUCUCCGUCGGAAUAUCUGCGGGUAUGUUUUCAACUCUGCCCGUCAACACUGUUAAUAUCAGACCGGAGAAAACACCUGACAAGUAGGCUACGUUCGGCCGAAAGAGACAUCCAAGGAGGAUGGGACCCAAACUAGGAUAGCCUACAUAGACUAGACGGAUAGAACAACCGCCUUCAACAUGUUUAGAGGUUCUGGAGGUGUAGAGCUGCUCCUCGUCCUGUGCGGCCUGGACCUCUCCUCCCCCUGUCCCAGGGACUGUAUCUGCUACACCUCUCCCAGCACCGUAUCCUGUCAGGCACACAACUUUCUGUCUGUCCCAGAGGAGAUCCCAGCCCAGAGCGAGAGGGUCUUCCUGCAGAACAACAAGAUUCAGCGUCUGCUGCGAGGCCACUUCAGUCCCACCACGGUCAUGCUGUGGCUCUACUCCAACAACAUCUCUUACAUCCAGGCCUCCACUUUUCAUGGCUUUGCCCGCCUGGAGGAGCUGGAUUUGGGGGACAACCGUCACCUGAGGGCCCUGGCUUCAGACACCUUCCAGGGCCUAGGCCGCCUGCACGCCCUGCACCUCUACCACUGUGGGCUGCUCAGCCUGCCGCCGGGGAUCUUCGAGGGGCUCAGCAGCCUGCAGUACCUCUAUCUGCAGAACAACCAGUUGGAGUUCCUGGAAGAUGAUCUGUUUGUGGACCUGCUGAACCUCACCCACCUCUUCCUCCAUGGCAACAAGCUCUGGUCCCUCCACCAGAACACAUUCAGGGGACUGGGAGUCCUGGACCGCCUCUUACUACACCAGAACCGGCUACAGUGGGUCCACCGUCUGGCGUUCCACGACCUGAGUCGCCUCACCACCCUCUACCUGUUCAACAACUCUCUGACUGAGCUGUCUGGGGCCAGCCUGGCUCUGCUGUCUUCCCUGGAGUACCUCAGACUCAACAACAACCCCUGGGAGUGUGACUGCAAGGCUCUGCCACUGUGGGUGUGGCUGCGGAGGUUCCGGGGCUCUACGUCGGUGCUGGAGUGCGUCUCCCCUCCUGAGCUCCAGGGCCGGGACCUGAAGGGCUUGAGGAAAGAGGACUUACCCAGCUGUUCAGCAGGAGAAGCCCGGGGAGGUGGUGUCGUAGGCGGAGAGGCCGGGCUGGGGGAGUCCCAGACGAAAGAGGAGGACUGUCGACUCCAUCACAGGAACCACAAGCACCGCCAUAACCACCACCAGCACCCACACCUCCCACACAGGGACAAGAACAACAGGGACCCGUCACCUUCACCCCUACCCUUACCCCUUCCCAGGCCGCCCAAGGGGAGUCACAGGAACUGUACCCGGGGUCGCAAGGGUGGUCAGAACGAGGUGCAGGUACUGAGGGAGGAGGAGGACUACACCCCUGGAGGGAAUAAAUACAACCCAUCCGCCCCCCCUCGCAGGAGGAACAAGUGUGUCCCCAUGACAUCAGUUGGCCCGCCCAGUGGGGUCAAGAGAGCCAAUAGUAACGUGGCGUCCUGCCCCGCUGGGACUUUUCUCUGCAUCCUGUUGGCUGUGCUGCUGUCACUCAGCUGAGACUGAGUUUACAUGUAGCUAAUGUUUUAUCAACAACACCCUACAGGACAGUUCAGCACAUACACUUGUGACUGACCAGCUCUGGCUCCUGCACUGAGGUGUGUGUGUGUGUGUAUGUGUUGAAGUGUUCUCUGUUGAUGCGUUCAUUUUAACUGAAGCUUAGCCAGUGGAAUUACACCGUCGCUCUUUGAUGAUGUCAUAAAGGGGAGUAUCAGUCUCACCUCUAGGGGUUCUGAUUUUGUGGUUGAUUCCAUUGAGAAUACAAGAAGAAGAAUACUACUAUAGCCAUAUUACCUGAGAGGAUACCUCAGCCAUGAUGAUAACAUGACCCUAACACGUUGUUGACAUACUAGAAAAACAUCCCUAAAAUGUCAACUGGCCCAACGCUCUUAACCUCUAGGUUACCUGCUGCCCAUAUUAAACUGUGUUACUGACCCAAUACUCCUAACCUCUAGGUUACCUGCUGCCCAUAUUAAACUGUGUUACUGACCCAACACUCCUAACCUAUAGGUUACCUGCUGCCCAUAUUAAACUGUGUUACUGACCCAACACUCUUAACCUCUAGGUUACCUGCUGCCCAUAUUAAACUGUGUUACUGACCCAACACUCUUAACCUCUAGGUUACCUGCUGCCCAUAUUAAACUGUGUUUGUAACUAAUCUACAGUACAGUGUUGUUUAUGUAAACAGCCCCCAUGUCUGCCCUUCUUUAUUGAGGCUUUCAAAAAAGCUCCCUGGUCUUUGUAGUUGAAUCAGUGCUUGAAAUGCAAUACUUGACUAAGAGAUCUUACAGAUGUUGUAUGUAUGGUGGACAGAGGAAGGGGUAGCGAUUCAAAAAUCAUGUCAGCCCAUAUCAUUUCACACAGAGUGAGUCCAUGUAACUUAUUAUGGGAGUUGUCCAAGCUGGAAAUCUUUGACACGAUAUCAAAGUGUGAACCCCGCCUCUGUUUUGAUAAAAAUAAAUCAUUUUAAAGCUGGGGGAUGGAGAAAUGUAACCACUUUCAAAUUCAUGGACAGAGCCAUUGAUGCAAGGAAUGACCUUCCAUGAUUUCAAAAUGAUAGUUGUAGCACGUGUUUUAAGGCUAUACAGUGUUUGUUUUGAGGCUAUACAGUGUUUGUUUUGAGGCUAUACCGUGUUUGUUUUGAGGCUACAGUGUUUGUUUUGAGACUAUACAGUGUUUGUUUUGAGGCUAUACAGUGUUUGUUUUGAGGCUAUACAGUGUUUGUUUUGAGGCUAUACAGUGUUUGUUUUGAGGCUAUACAGUGUUUGUUUACAUUUACAUCAUUUACAAACAUUGAACUAAGCUCAUGAAGCAUUCUACAUUAAUCAAUGGGAAUAUAUAAUAUAUAUAUAUAUAUAUAUAUAUAUAUAAUUCAUUUAUAAGUCCAAAAAUGUGUCAUAAUUUAAGCCACAUUUUAUCCUGAACUAAUUUAGGCCAAAAUUAUGGUGAAAUUAUUAUUCCUUUGUAAACAUUGGUAGAAUUACAUUUCAACCUUGACAUUAUGGAGCAUUUUGUGUAGAUCAAUAACAAAAAACAAAUCUGAAUUAAUAAAUCCCUUUCAAUUUCAAUUUGUAACGCAACAUUUUCCAAGGGGGGUGAAUUCUUGUCAUACCCACUGUAUAAGCCAUUCUAGUUGUGGAGACCCGCUGGGGAACAGACGUAAAUUCAACGUCUUUUCCACGUUGGUUCAAUGUCAUUUCAUUAAAAUGAUGUGGAAACAAUGUUGAUUCAACCAGUGUGUGGGAGAGGUUAGUGCCUACGGCUAGCCUAGAUGCCCAAGAGGCUCAAAGCCCAGAAGUCAGAGGUCAAUGAUAGCUAAGAGGGGAGUUGAGAGGUUAUUUAACCUCUCCAAUAGCCUCAUGGCUUGUUGUAGAGCCUGCCACAAAUGAACAUACAUGUACGUGGGGGCAUUUCAACAUCAGUCAGAGAGGAAUAAUGAAGGAAUGAUGGAAUGAGUAUUUGGUACUCCAAUGAGAAGAGAUAAUGGAUUUAACUGCUGCUUCAGUGUAGUCCUCAUUCUGGAAUGUUGUGAGUGUUCUAAACUACACAAUGGAUCUGAGAAUGUUGUGAGUGUUCUACACUACACAAUGGAUCUGAGAAUGUUGUGAGUGUUCUACACUACACAAUGGAUCUGUGAAUGUUGUGAGUGUUCUAAACUACACAAUGGAUCUGUGAAUGUUGUGAGUGAUCUAAACUACACAAUGGAUCUGAGAAUGAGGUGAGUGUUCUAAACUACACAAUGGAUCUGUGAAUGUUGUGAGUGAUCUAAACUACACAAUGGAUCUGAGAAUGAGGUGAGUGUUCUAAACUACACAAUGGAUCUGUGAAUGUUGUGAGUGAUCUAAACUACACAAUGGAUCUGAGAAUGAGGUGAGUGUUCUAAACUACACAAUGGAUCUGUGAAUGUUGUGAGUGUUCUAAACUACAAAAAGGAUCUGAGAGACUGAACAUGGAACGUUCUGAUUCUACUGAACUGCUGCUAUGUUUGAGGAGACAGAGCUCUGGAACUCUCCUCGUGAAUCUGGUACCUUCGUUAGGAUAAGGAAUCUUCUUCAUAUUUCUGAAAUCUUCUUCAUGUUUCUUGAACUCUCUUCGUGAUUCACAAACCUUCAGAGUUCUGGAACUCUUAUUCAUGGUUCUAGAACCUUCUUCAGGAUCUGGAACUCUUCUCCGUGGAGAGGUGAUAAAGGGACAGGUGACAGAGGGCCCACAGUGCUCCUUGUGGACUGGAGUGGUAACAACACCUCCCCAGCCUUGGCCAGCCCUGUCCAGUCCUACACUCACCAAGCUGUCCCCACAGUGACGGCUGUCCUGUAGAACGGUGGUCUCCAACCCUGGUCCUGGAGAUAUACAGAGCUUUUGUUCCAGCCCCGCACUAACAGACCUGAUUCAACUAAUCCUGUGUUUCUCAAUUUAUUCCUGUGGGAACAACGAGAGCUUUUGUUCUAGCCUUGCACUGAUUCGGCUAGUGCAGGGGUCAACAAACUACGGCCCUAUGAAAUGUUCACAGAGAGGGAAUUUUUUGUUUGUUUUUUUAAACACUCCAGGCCUUGAUCAUCUAUAACUAAAUAGAGAGUAUCUCCACAUCAGGCAAAGCGUUGUCUGCUGAUAUGAUGCCCGUCCGUGAAUUCUCACCGAGUGGAGAAGUGCAACUGAAGCACAACAUUUGUCUGAUGCUGAGCCGAAAUUACAAUAGAUUUGCGUUUACAAAACGCAACAAGAUAUUUCUUAUGCGUUUUACCUUCUCUUUUUUUCCUGCGUGAAAAAUAAAGAAUUCUGCAUUAACACAACUCCUAAGUUUAACUUGCUAAUUAAUUAAGUGGCUGAAUGAACAAGGUGAUUGGACAUGAUGUUGCUUUCUGCCGUGUUGGAUAAGCCUAAACCCUUUUGGAUUAAAUCAUUUGUACAGCUGCCACUGCAAUCUUUUGAUUUCCUGACUGUUUUUCUCUUCUCCUUCCUCUGCCUGUCUGCUCCUCCCCCAUCUUCUCCGAGCAGAGCAGGCAGGCCCGUUGCCCUAGCGACUCCAGACUCCACACAGACACUGUGUGUACGUACACGUGCUGCUCCAGAGUCAGUACUGUUCAUUUGCAUAAUGUCUCUCGUUCACAUUCCCUCGUAAAAGUUCAAACUCACCAAAAAAUGGCAUUCGGUGGCCUACCUAUGUAUGUAUAACUUUAUAAGUUGGACUGCCAUUUGCGCUCGUUAGAAUAUUUAGCUAGCAGGCUCCAAGGAAAUCCGCAAAAUUCGCUAUUUCCCCCCCCCCACACACACACACACUAAGCCGGUAAUACCUUAAAUCCCAGGA